GAGCUCUUCCGGGUCACAUAGCGCCCUCCGCAGCCGCCGGAAUGCCGCGUCGCACUCUCGCGUCCACUCGAAGAGCUGGCCUUUGUGCGUCAAACGAUGCAGCGGGCUGGCGACUGUAGCAAAGUCCCGGAUGAAACGCCGGUAAUAUGACGCCAGGCCCAGGAAGCUCCGCAGCUCAGCACCAUCGCGCGGAACAGGCCAACGUCUCACCGUCUCCACCUUAGCUGGGUCGGGGGCCACUCCGGCAGCCCCCACGACAUGGCCCAGGAAUCCGGUUUGGGACACGCUCCAUCAGCCGCUCAAAGUUCGCUGGCCCGUUGCAUAGACCGAACGGAAGUACCCGGAACUGCCACAGCCCUUGCCCGAUGGUAAACGCUGUCUUCGGCCGAGCUUCCGGGGCUAGCUCAAUCUGCCAGUAGCCACUGCGUAAGUCCAGCGAGCUAAACCAGCAGGAACCGGCAAUGCUGUCCAGCGCAUCGUCAAUGCGGGGGAGCGGGUAGGAGUCUUUCCGGGUUACCUGGUUGCGGCGCCUGUAGUCAACACAGAACCGCCACGAGCCGUCCUUCUUCCGGACGAGUACAGCCGGCGCAGCCCAGGGACUACUGCUUGGCUCUAUCACUCCUGCCGCGGCCAUUUCCUUGAUCUUUUCUUCAGCUGCUUGUCGUUUGGCGAACGGUAAGCGAUGAGGCUGAAGUCAGAUGGGCCGAGCAUUUCCGGUGUCGAUAUCGUGUUGGACCAGGCUCGUUCGGGUGCAGUCCUCAUCUCUUGCAGCGAAGAUGUCGUUGUACGCUGCUAGUAGUCUCCGCACCUGGCUACCCUGUGCUUCACUCAGCCCCUCACAGCUACGAGUGCAGAGUUCAUUUACGGCUUGCCUUGUCUCUAAAGAGGGCCGCGCUCUCUGAGCGGAGAGUGGUGUUUGCUCAACCCGCUCUCUUGGCUCCUCCCUGGUGAGUGUGAGCUGAGCAGUGGCGCCCUCAGCGAGCGGACCUGGAAGAGACCUGUUGUUUUCGCGGGCUUGAGUUUCGCGGGCUUGUGUGGGGAGGGGCGGAGACUCAGCAAGCGGACCUGGAUGAGACCUGUUGUUUUCGCGGGCUUGAGUUUCGCGGGCUUGUGUGGGGAGGGGCGGAGUCUGGUAUGACGAGUACUCUUUGCGAGUUCGCUUCCUGCGGACUUGUGUGGAGCGAGUUGGAGAGUUCUUCGUCGCGCCAGCUCUCCGCACUUCAUGCUCUGUUUUCCCCGCCGUGUGCAACACUACGCUGCUCGUCCCCAAGUGUAGUGUGAACCGGGAAAUGUCCACCACAGCCCCCCAUUUCUCUAGCACGUCCAGGCCGAGAAUGCAAUCAUCCUGAAUGCUAGCCAACCAAAGCCGUCGGCUCGCCGUCUCACCGUUGAUGCACACGCACACCACUUUUUGUCCAUACAGUUCCGCUCGCUCUCCGGUAACUGUUGUGAUGUGCGUUUUUGUCUUUUCCCAGCCUCUGGGUCUGGCUACCAGCGUGCCGGGUAAGAGACCGGGGCGCACAAGCGAGAUGGUGGAGCCAGUAUCGGUCAAGGCACGACACCGAGUCCCAUCUAGUGUGCAGUCCACAUACAGUCCUCUGGUUUGGCCGAGCCGGCCCAGCCGUAUGCAGUCCAUAGCCCCUCCCGCCGUGCCACCUUCUUCUAGUAACUGGGGCGCGAGCGUGAGGGGUGCUGGGGCUGGGCAGUACCACGCGAUGUGUCCCGGCUCGCCACACCGGUGGCAUCUGUCUCCGCUGGCCGGUCUCUUCCACUCGCGUGGGCGGCGUUGUGGUGGCUGUGCCGUGGUCUGCCGCGUCACCUCCAGUUCCUCCCCGUCUUCCUCCAUCGAUGUCCAAGCGGUUUCCAUCGCUCCCGUGUGGAGCGGGUUCAAGUGGCGGGAUGCUGCCAUCAGCCCGGUUCGUUCCCUCCUGUGGCCGGGGGCGGGUCUCUUCGUCACGGUCACGCUGCAGGCUGGCUCCGUCUGCUGGGCCCAGCAGGUGGCCAUGGGCGAGCGCGCUGUUGAAGAGCCGUCUUGGCAGGAAACUCAUCAUCGCCAGUGCAUCAGUUGCAGCUUUCUCCUCCCGUCCAGUAGGGGUCGUCAUCCCACUUCUGACACCAAUGUAACAAACUGCAAAGUUGUCUUUGAAUGGUCUUUAUUGGUUACGCACCAAAACACACGAACGUCAUCACACAGGCAACACAAGGGAGGUCAGUUAAACAAGCACGAUACACAAACAGGGUAGUCACAUACAAUACACAGGGUAAACACAUGAGGUACAACAUAAAGAAAGACUAUACCAGCUAACACAUACAUGACAAGGUAUGUGUUAAAACAUAGAACAAAUCUCCGUUACAAGACCUUUGUAGGAGUGGUUGAAUGACGUCGAAC